UGAUCUGAAAGGUCACAAUAUGGCGUCUACUGAGAUGAAACAAAAUGGCGGCGCAGAAGCCCAAGCACCGGUGGCGGGUAUCUUUCUGGAGAAGAGCGGGGAGAAGAUAAGCAUUUAUCAAGCCAUGAAGAAACGUUUGCUGAGAGCAGGGACGGCUUUAGCUCUGCUCGAAGCACAAGCUGCCACCGGGGGCAUCAUCGACCCUGUAAACAAUCGAGUACUUCCUGUUGUAGAUGCUGUUAGAGAGGGCAUUGUAGGACCAGAGAUGAGGGAGAAACUCCUCACAGCUGAGAAAGCAGUUAGUGGCUAUGAAGACCCCUACACCAAACAACCCAUCUCUGUCUACCAGGCUAUGCAAAAAGAUCUGCUCCCCAGAGAUUAUGGUCUGAGGCUGCUGGAGGCGCAGAUAUCCACCAAGGGUAUCUUUGAUCCUGUGGAGAAGAAAAACGUCUCGGUUGAUGCUGCAAUCCAAAAGGGCCUCUAUGAAAAAGGUUUUCUCAGCAGCCAGAUGUCAGAGCUUAAAGUGUUUUACAAUCCCAGCACGCAGGAAAAUCUCAACUACCAGAACCUCCUGGAGACGUGCACCGUGGAUCAAAACACGGGCUUGGUGCUGCUUCCUGUCUGCAUCGCCUUCAAAGGGCUCCGCAAAGGCAUUUCCUCCAGCGAGCUCUUUGAGUCAAAGAUCAUUGACAAGAAAACCUAUGAUGACCUGCAAAAGGGGAACACCACAACACAGGAUGUGAUGCUGAUGGAAACAGUGAAAGAAUACCUGGAAGGCAAAGGCAGCAUUGCAGGCAUAGCUGUCCUCUCCUCCAAUCAGAGAAUAAGCAUUUAUCAGGCAAUGAAGCAAGGCAUAGUAAUGCCGGGAACGGCCCUGGUCCUUCUGGAAGCUCAAGCUGCUACUGGCUUUGUGAUUGAUCCUGUCAAAAAUAAAAAAUACACUGUGGAAGAAGCUGUCAGACACAAAGUCGUUGGCCCAGAAUAUCACACAAAGCUGCUUUCUGCUGAGCGAGCAGUGACUGGAUACAAGGAUCCCUAUUCUGGAAAUAUCAUAUCCCUAUUUCAGGCCAUGUCCAAAGACCUGAUUGUCAAAGACCAUGGAAUUCGGCUGCUAGAAGCACAAAUUGCCACAGGUGGAAUAAUAGACCCGAUCAACAGCCAUAGGCUUCCCACAGCAGUGGCGUUCAAGAGAGAGUACUUUGAUGAGAAAAUGAAUGCCAUAUUGGAAGAUGCUGGAGAUGACACAAAAGGUUUCUUUGACCCAAACACUGAGGAGAAUCUGACCUAUCUCCAGCUGAUGGAACGGUGUGUCAYUGAUCCUGCCACUGGGCUGUGCCUCCUACCUCUAUAUGAUAAAUCAGGCAGAACAAGCUCUAGCUUCAUUGAUUACCAAACCAAAAUGGCUUUCAAGACAGAGAAGGUCGAAGUGAAAUAUGGGAAAUACAUGGGGAUGACAGUGUCUCUGUGGGAGCUGCUGAUGUCAGAGUACUUUGACGAAGAACAAAGGAAAGACAUAUUUCAGAGAUACAGAGAAGGGAAGUUGAACAUUAAGACAAUCACAACAUUGAUUCUGGAAAUCAUAGAGAAAUCUGUUAAAACAACAAAAGCCACAUUUGAAGGCAUCAGAGAAACCGUUACGGCCAAUCAGCUCUUGGAGGCAGACAUCAUCAGCAAGGAAGUAAUGGAGGACCUGCAGAAAGGAAAGAAGUCUGUAAAGGAUGUCAUAGAGGAUGAAAAUGUAAACAUGUACUUAAAGGGGAAAGACAGCAUUGCUGGUAUUAUACUUCCAGAUUCUCAGAUCAUGACCAUCUACCAAGCAAGACAAAAUAGAAAGCUAAUGCCAGGAACCGCUCUGAUUCUUCUGGAGGCCCAGGCGGCAACAGGGUUUAUUAUUGACCCCAUAGGAAACAGGAAGUUUUCAGUGGAUGAUGCUGUCAAAGCAAGGAUUGUUGGGCCUGAUGUCUGUCAGAAGCUGCGAUCGGCAGAAAAAGCUGUCACUGGGUACAAAGAUCCACAUGACGGAAAGAUAAUUUCUUUGUUCCAAGCAAUGCAAAAGGACCUGAUUGUCAAAGAGCAUGGGAUUCGGCUUCUGGAGGCACAAAUCGCCACUGGUGGGAUCAUUGACCCAGUGAACAGCCAUCGCAUCCCUGUCCAUGUGGCCUACAAGAGGGGGUACUUUAAUGAGGAGAUGAAUCAGAUCCUGAGUGAUCCAUCUGAUGACACCAAAGGAUUCUUUGACCCCAACACCCUUGAGAAUCUGACGUACCUGCAGCUCCUGGCCAGAUGUGUCACAGAUCCCAGUACAAACCUGUGCCUCUUGCCUCUGAAGAGCAAGGGCAGGAAAAUUAACAUAGAUGACAGCAUGAGGGAGAUUUUCCAAAAAACAGUGGUUACUGUCAAGUACGGCAGAUUCAAGGGAAGGCACACAACACUGUGGGACCUGAUCAAUUCAGAAUAUCUAUCAGAAGAAAAACGCCAGGAGUUUUUCAAACUCUUCAAGUCCAGGAAAAUCACGAUUGAGGAACUCACAGUUAUCAUCAUAGAGAUCAUUGAGAGUAAGGAGAUAAAACAACAAGCAGAGCUGAACUUUGAAGGUCUCAGAGGAGCUAUUUCCAUUGUGGACCUUCUGGAACUCAAAAUCGUCGAUGAGAAAGUAUACAACAGUUUGAUUGAUGGAAAAAUGACAAGCGCCGAUGUGAUGAAGAUGGACAGUGUGCGAGCUUACCUGCAAGGAACAAGUUGUGUAGCGGGGUUAAUACUGCAACCAUCCAAUAAGAAAGUAAGCAUCUAUGAGGCACAGAAAAUGGGCAUUCUUACACCCGGAACUGCCCUUUGUCUYCUUGAAGCACAAGCAGCUACAGGAUUCAUCAUAGAUCCUCUGAAGAACAAAAAACUUACAGUGGAAAAAGCUCUAAAAGAGAAUGUGAUUGGUCCACAAAUGUAUGAAAAGCUUCUAUCUGCAGAGAGGGCUGUCACUGGUUACAUAGAUCCUUACUCAGGUCAAAAGAUUUCGUUAUUCCAAGCUCUGAAAAAGGAUCUCAUUGUCAAACAGCAUGGCAUUCGUUUACUCGAGGCCCAACUUGGCACAGGUGGUAUCAUUGAUCCCUUGUUGUGCCUUCACUUGCCUCUAGAGUUUGCAUACAAGAAAGGAUAUUUUGAUGCAGAACUCAAUCAAAUCUUAGAAAACCCAAAUGACGACACAAAGGGCUUUUUUGACCCAAAGACUCAAGAAAACCUGACAUACAUGGAAAUGUUAAACAGAUGUGUGAAAGAUAAGGAAACUGGACUCUUUCUCUUACCACUAAAUGACACACCAAAGGCAACAGCAACAAAGGAAAAAACUUACACUGUAACAGAAAUAAAACAAGAGUUCCAAAAGACAAUGGUAAACGUUAAUGUGGGGCGGUAUGCAGGAAAAUCAAUUUCUCUUUGGGACUUGAUUCACUCUCGUUACUUCACUGAAGAUCAGCAACUAGAGCUCAUUGAAAAAUACAGAACAAAACAUAUCAACAUCCAAACAGUGAUUACGUUGGUGCUUUCCACGAUUGAGAAGCUAGAGAAGAGUGAAAGUCUGAAAGUGAUGGGGCUAAGAAAUUAUGUCUCUGUGCAACAACUACUGGAUUCUGACAUUAUUGAUGCCAACACAUUCAAACAGAUUGAAGUAGGAAAACUCAGCGUUGAUGAAAUGGCCCAAAGUGAACCUGUGAAAAAGUACCUGAAGGGAUCAGGAAGCAUUGCAGGAAUCAAAGUUUAUCCAACCCAGAAAGUAAUGAGCAUAUACCAGGCAAAACAGGAAGAUCUAUUGACUCCUGGCAUUGCGCUAUUACUGCUUGAAGCACAGUCUGCAACAGGAUGGGUCAUUGAUCCUAUCAACAACAAGUUCUUUUCUGUGGAUGAAGCUGCAAAAGAAGACUUAAUUGGACCAGAUAUCCACGAGCAACUUAUUUCAGCUGAGCGUGCUGCUAUUGGCUAUAAAGAUCCAUACACAGAUGCAACAAUAUCCCUGUUUGCAGCCAUGAAAGAAAAACUGAUACAAAAAAAUGAUGGCCUGCGUCUUCUUGAGGCACAGAUGGCAACUGGAGGAAUCAUUGACACAAAUCAAAGUCACAGACUACCAACACAUGUUGCCAUUCAAAGGGGCUAUCUUGAUGAAGAAACUCACAAAAUCUUGGUGAACCCCACUGACGAAGCAAAAGGUUUCUUUGACCCUAAUACCAAUGAAAAUCUGUCCUACCUUCAGCUCAUAGGUCGAUGUGAAAAAGAUCCCAAAACUGGGCUACUUCUCCUACCGCUACAUAAAGAUGAGGGCAAGGUGUUUCACACAGAUGAGCAAGUGGAGUUAGCGUUCAAAAACAAAACAGUUACCAUGAAUAUGGGUAAAUUCAAAAACAAAGAAGUGACAGUGUGGGAGGUGUUGGUCUCUGAAUACAUUUCGAAAGAAAAACGCRACCAGCUCAUUCAACAGUACAAAACAGGAACCAUGAAAAUAGAAGAAAUCAUUGAAAUACUCUCUGUUAUCAUCUCAGAAAUAUCAUCCAAAGAAAGAAAGUUUAAAGGCCUAAGAAAGCAAGUUUCAGCAAGUGAGUUGUUUGAGUCAAAAAUUAUAUCCAAGGAACUUUUUAGCCAAAUAAUACACGGUGAAGUAACUGAGGAAAAUGUGGCCAAAAUGGAAUCCAUUCAGAAGUACCUCGGAGCUACAAACUGUAUAGCUGGUGUAAGAGUUGAAUCUUCAAAAGAAGUCAUCAGCAUCUAUGAAGCCAAAAGGCGAAACCUUCUGACCCCUGGUACCUCUCUGGUCCUGCUUGAAGCCCAAGCUGCCACUGGAUUUGUCAUUGACCCAGUAAAGAAUAAGAAACUGUCUGUGGAGGAAGCUGCAGCUCAAGGAGUGGUUGGCAGUGAGUGGAAGGAGAAACUGCUUUCAGCAGAAAGAGCCGUUACAGGAUACAAAGACCCCUACACUGGAAACACAAUCUCUCUGUUCCAAGCCUUGAAGAAAGACCUCAUUGUGAAGGAUCAUGGUAUCCGUCUUCUUGAAGCCCAAAUCGCAACAGGAGGAAUAAUUGAUCCGGUCCACAGUCACAGAGUACCUGUACAAGUAGCAUACCAAAGAGGUUACUUUGAUGAAGAUAUGAACCAGGUUUUAUCUGACCCAGGUGACGACACCAAAGGUUUUUUUGACCCAAACACUCAAGAAAACCUCACCUACCUUCAACUGAUUGAGAGGUGCUUCACAGAU